AUGUUGUACCUUGAAGAUUACCUUGAAAUGAUAGAGCAUUUGCCUAGAGAAUUUCGUGAUAGAUUUUUUGAGCUUCGAGAACUUGAUUUGCAAGUUCAGAAUACAACUGAUCAGCUGGAGAAACGAGCUCAAGAAUUUUUUGCCAAGGCUGGCAAUUUAAAUCAGUCUGAGCGUGAUAAGAGAUUCCAAGAGGUUCAAAAGGAAUAUUACAAGACUCUUGAGGAUGCUGAUGAGAAAGUUCAGAUGGCAAGUCAAAUGUACGACUUGGUUGACCGCUACCUCCGUCGUCUUGACACAGAGCUUCAUAAAUUCAAGCUUGAGUUGGAAGCAGAUAACCCAGGGAUCACCGAAACUCUUGAGCAAAGGUCACUAGAACUAGACCAGCCCAGCGAACAGGAUUCCAAGGAGAAUCGUGGUGUGAGAAAUGAGAAAAGAUCUGCAUCCGAUAAGAAGGAGUCCUGGGGAACAGGAGAUGUCUCUUACAGUUUGGGUCAUAUAGGAGCUGGUGGCAACGCUAUCAUGGCAGCUGCCUCUCAAGCCAUUGCAGCUACCCAGCAGAUGCAGCAGGGGCGGAAGAGUGCAAGUCUCAAAGCCUCUUAUGAAGCUGUCAGUUCGGGCCUCAAUGUGGGUGAUCUGAGUAUUGGAAAGGAGCUUGUUACUCCAGGGUCUCUAUCUUUGGUUGGCCCUGAUCAGACCCCAGAGAAGAAGAAGAGCAAAGGCUCUAGAAAG